AUGAAACUCUGGAGUUUGUUUAGCUUUCUUUUAUUGAUCUUGGACUGGAGACCAACCAGUUCAGAAAUUUGUGGCAGUAUGGAGAUCAUGACCAGUCCGGUGAACCUGAGCUCUCUGGAGAACUGCACCGUGAUCGAGGGCCACCUGAAGAUCCUGCUGAUGUUCAACACCCAGAAGGAGGAUUUCCAGGAGCUGAGCUUCCCCCGGCUGACGGUGGUGACCGAUUACCUGCUGCUGUUCCGCGUCCACGGCCUGGAGAGCCUGAGCGCCCUGUUCCCCAACCUCAGCGUCAUCCGCGGGAACAACCUGCUCUUCAACUUCGCCCUGGUCGUCUUCGAGAUGCUGCAUCUGAAGGAGAUCGGCCUGCACAGCCUGACCCACAUCAGCCGCGGCGCCGUGCGGGUGGAGAAGAACCCCAACCUGUGCUACCUGGCCACGCUGGACUGGUCCCUGAUCCUGGACUCUGUGGAGGAUAACUACAUCCUGGCUAACAGGAACGAGGACGAGUGCGGAGACGUCUGUCCCGGGAUGGCCAAGGGCAAGAUCGUCUGUCCUCAGACCACCAUCAACGACCAGUUCGGACAGAGAUGCUGGACGCUCAAACACUGCCAGAGGAUGUGCCCGUCCUCGUGUAAGACCCGUGCCUGUACCCCCGACGGCCAGUGCUGCCACCCUCAGUGUCUGGGAGGGUGCGUGAAGCCGGACUCGGCGAGCCAGUGCGUGGGGUGUCGACACUACCUGCAUUCGGGGGCGUGUGUGGAGGCGUGCCCGCCCGGAUACUACGCCUUUAAGGGGUGGCGCUGUGUGAGCCUGGCGUUCUGUCAGAGCCUGCACGCUCAGUGCGCCAACCAGAAACAGCGGCAGGACUGCAGCUCCUAUGUCAUCCACCAGGGGGCGUGUGUAUCCGAGUGCCCAGCAGGAUACACUACUGCUAAUUCCACCUCGUUGAUGUGUACGCUGUGUCGGGGGAUGUGUCCUAAAGUGUGUGUGGGGGUGAAGACGGUGGACUCGGUGACGUUGGGUCAGGAGCUGCGCGGGUGCACGCUGCUCAACGGCAGCCUGGUCAUCAACAUCCGAGGAGGAAACAACAUCGCAGCAGAACUGGAAGCUAACCUGGGGCAGUUGGAGGAGAUCACGGGGUACCUGACGGUCCGGCGCUCCUACGCUCUGGUCUCUCUGUCCUUCCUGAGGAAGCUGAGGCUGAUCCGUGGAGAGACCCUGGAAAUGGGGAACUACUCCUUCUACGCUCUGGAUAACCAGAACCUCCGGCAGCUCUGGGACUGGAGCAAACACAACCUCACCAUCGGACACGGACGCAUGUUCUUCCAACACAACUCCAAACUGUGCAUGAGCCAGAUCAGGAGGAUGGAGGAGAUCACCGGCACCAAUAACCGGCAGGAGAAGAUCGACAUCGCCGUCAAAACCAACGGAGACCAGGCCUCAUGUGAGACUCAGGUGCUGAAGUUCACCACCAUCCGAACCCUCUUCGAUAAAAUCCUCAUCAAAUGGGAACCGUUCUGGCCUCCAGAUUUCAGAGACCUGCUGGGGUUCAUGGUUCUCUAUAAGGAAGCCCCGUACAGGAACGUGACGGAGUUCGACGGGCAGGACGCGUGCGGAUCUAACAGUUGGGUGAUAGCGGACGUGGACCCCCCUCAGCGCUCCAGCGACGGGCGACAGCACGCCGAGCCCGGCUUCCUCAUCCUGGGACUGAAGCCCUGGACUCAGUACGCCGUCAUGGUUAGAGCGCAGCUCUCCGCCUCCGACGAGCACCCGGUCCAGGGCGCCAAGAGUGACAUCAUCUACGUCCGUACCAACGCCACCAAACCGUCGGUGCCGCUGGAUCCCAUCUCGUCCUCCAACUCGUCCUCGCAGAUCAUCCUGAAGUGGAGACCCCCCAACGACCCCAACGGGAACGUCACGCACUACGUGGUGUUUUGCCAACAGCAGCCGGAAUCCGAGCUCAAGCUGGACUACUGCCAGAAAGGAAUGAAGCAGGUCACCCAGGUUCCCUCUCAGAGCACCGAGGACCAGAAGAAGAACCAGACGGAGGAUUCGGGGAAGAGGAAGAACUGCUGCACCUGCCCCAAAUCUGAGAAGCAGCUGAGGAAGGAGGCGGAGGAGAGCGAGUACCGCAAGACCUUCGAGAACUACCUGCACAACGAGGUCUUCAGGAUCAGACCAACCCGUCAGCGCAGGUCCCUCGUGGGCGUGGCCAACGGAACAGUCUCGUAUCAGGUGACCACACCCGCUCCCACGCCCACCCUGAGCCCCGAGGACGAGGCGGAGUCUAAUAAAGUGACUCAGGUGGUGUACGGGCGGGAAACCACCGUCAUCUCCAACCUGGUUCAUUUCACCACCUACCAGAUCGAGAUCCACGCCUGUAACCACGCCACCGAUCCUGAGCGCUGCAGCAUGGCCGCCUACGUCACCGCCCGCACCAUGCCCGAGGAUCACGCGGACGAUGUAGACGGACCGAUUCAUUUUGACGUGAACGAAUAUUCGGUGCAGAUCAAGUGGGCGGAGCCGAGAGCCCCGAAUGGCGUGAUCUACCUGUACGAGGUGAACUACAAGAAACUGGGAGACACCGAGGAACUACAUCACUGUGUGUCCAGGAAGAACUACAUUACAGAUGGAGGCUGCAGGUUGAGAGUGGUGCAUUCUGGGAAUUACUCGGUACGUGUCAGAGCCACGUCACUGGCAGGAAACGGAUCCUGGACUGAACCCGCGUACUUCUACGUUAAAGAUCUACGUGUGGACGCGUCCAACAUGUUGAAGAUCAUCAUCGGGCCGGUGGUGUGUAUAAUCCUGCUGCUCCUGAUGGGAACUGCUGGUUUUAUCUACUUCAAAAGGAAGCGAAUGGAGGGGCCGACGGGGGUCCUGUACACCUCACCAAACCCCGAAUAUUUUAACCCAGAUGAAGUCUACGUACCUGAUGAAUGGGAGGUGGCGAGGGAGAAGAUCAGCCUGCUGCGUGAGCUGGGUCAGGGUUCGUUCGGGAUGGUGUACGAGGGCGCGGCCCGUGACAUCAUCAAGGGCGAGUCCCAGACGCGGGUGGCGGUGAAGACGGUGAACGACGCGGCCAGCCUGCGCGAGAGAAUCGAGUUCCUCAACGAGGCGUCCGUCAUGAAGUCCUUCAGCUGCCACCACGUGGUGAGGCUGUUGGGUGUGGUCUCUAAGGGACAGCCCACCCUGGUGGUGAUGGAGCUGAUGACUCAUGGGGAUCUGAAGAGCUACCUGCGCUGUCUCCGCCCGGAUUCUGAGAACAACCCCGGCCGCCCUCCCCCGACGUUGAGAGAGAUGAUUCAGAUGGCGGCGGAGAUCGCAGACGGCAUGGCGUAUCUCAACGCUAAAAAGUUCGUACACAGAGACCUGGCGGCCCGGAACUGCAUGGUGGCUGAAGAUUACACCGUCAAGAUCGGAGAUUUCGGGAUGACGAGGGACAUCUACGAGACGGAUUAUUACAGGAAGGGAGGGAAGGGACUACUUCCUGUCCGAUGGAUGGCACCCGAGUCUCUGAAGGACGGCGUGUUCACGGGAUUCUCGGACUGCUGGUCGUUCGGGGUGGUCCUAUGGGAGAUCAGUACUCUGGCCGAACAGCCCUAUCAGGGUCUCUCUAACGAGCAGGUGCUGAAGUUCGUUAUGGACGGAGGAACGCUGGACCGAGUGGAGAACUGUCCCGAGCGACUACACGCCCUGAUGUCGAUGUGCUGGCAGUACAACCCGAAAAUGCGCCCCACGUUCCCGGAGAUCAUCGAGAUGCUGAAGGACGACCUGCACCCCUCCUUCCAGCAGAACUCCUUCUACCACAGCGAGGAGAACCGCCGGGCCCCGGAGCCCGAGGAGUUCGACACGGACACGGAGAACAUGGAGAACAUCCCGCUCUCGUCCAGCUCCCAGGACCGCGCCCGCGAGCACGAGGGGACGUACGAGGGGCGCGCCCCGUACACACACACUAACGGGGGGAGGGACAACGGACGGGUUCUGCCCCGCCCCCGAUCCGGCCCCUCCUAAUACUCGGAGCGGAACCGGAACCCUGACUGGUUUUCCAGCGCCACGAGGUUUUAUCGCGUCCAGUAUUUCCGUGACCCCGCCCCCC